UGCUCCAGGCCGGCGAAGGCGUCCUCGUGGAUCUGGCUCAGCCGAUUGCUCCCCAGCAGCCUGCGAAACGCCCAGAAAAAGAGCCUCGAGCCGCGACGCUACCCGAACGCUACUCACAGCCCCUGGAGGUUGGCGAAGCCGCCGAAGGCUCGGGCCGGGAGCUCGCUCAGCCCGUUGCCGGUCAGCUCUCUGCAAAAUGUCGCUCGGUCUAAUUGCCGCUCGAAGCUGCUGCCGCCGCCGCCGGCGCCGCCGCCACCGCCGCCGCCACCGCCGCCGCCACUGCUGCUGCUGCUGCUGCUGCUGCGGAGCUGGCGCUCGACUUUCGUUCUUUAUGGAUGCAUUACCGUAAUGGCGAGGGAGCGCGCGACGAUCGAUGCGCGCGUUGCUCGCACGUGCUGCGCUUUCCUAAGUGCUUCCGCGAAACACGCGCGCCUGCUGUUCACCGAGUCGAGACGGAGCGCUUCUGGCUCUCGCGACGCCUGGCCGAAAGUUGCCCGCGAGGACGCCCGUUCCCGGCCGGUCGCCCGCGGCGCUCGCCUAAACGAUCGACCUUACAGCGGCGUCGCUUGGGGGAUUGCUUCGGCGAGCGCGCGGCGACACUCGAGAGCAUUGGCUGCGAAUGAAACGCGAAACGAGCGGCCGAACGUUACGAGAGAAGACGCGCGCCGGGUUAACGACACCGACCAAGGCGUCGUCGUUUCGCCCGCUCGGGCUUGGCGCGCGCCUUCGUCUCCGCUGCGCGCGAGAGCAAUCGCAUCGAUCGGCCAAUCGAAGCCCUCGUUGGGAAAGCGAGAGUGCGCAAAAAAGUGGAGCAGCGCGCGAGGCAAAAGGCGGCGCGCGGCGGAGGGGAGACGGGCGGACGCGAGUAGGGCAGCACGCGCACCGCCGUAGCUCCGAGGCAAUUCGCGCGGCACGUGUUUCACCUGCUGCUGCCGCCGACGCCGCGCGGCUUUUCAUUAAAAUCCCGCGAGCGUUAAGCUCGCUGACAAAUGGAGCUCGCCGUUGUUUCCAGGACGGAGCAACUCGGCGGGGGAGGGACCGCGUCGCGCGAAAACCAACUGGAGAUACGCGCGAACCUUCUCCCCGUUCCGCGAGCGCGGCGACGAGUCUCGAAAUCGGAAGAGCCGACGCGUCAACGCGACUUCGCGCCGGCCUCGCUAGCGGGCCCCCGUGGCCGCUCGCACGUCGGACGCGUCGGCCGCCCGUCUCCUCGCGAAAUCGGCCGUUCGCGCGGCGUAUCUGGCGCGCGGAGCGGCGCUCUCUCGAAAUGGGGAUCGAGGGCCGCGCGAGCGGCGAGCUCCGUUUCUAGGCUGCCGCGGCGCGCGAUUGAGCAACCGCGCGCCUUCGGGCUGAAUUCCUUCGCCGACGCGCCGACGCGCCGACGCGCCGCCGCCAUCCAUCUCCUCGCUCGCCGGUCGAUCGAUCGAUCGAUCGACGGCCGACGCGUCGCGCUCGGCCGACCCAGCGCAGCGCCCGACCGGCCGCUCCGCUGCGCGUCGCUGGCGCGUCGCCCGCCACGCCGAGCCGGCGAUUGCGCUAGGCACGAGAAAGCGAGCCCGGCGACCGCUCGCGUGAGUCAGCGGGUGGAAUCGCGGAUCGAGCCAUCGAGGCUGCGGCUCGCGCCUUUCUCGGCCGAGCCGGCCUUUUUCGUCACGGUCGACUCGCUCGCGCCGGCCGCGCGACCUCGCCGGCGCGCUUCGGAGCUAGGGCGACCCAGGGACCGCGACCCCGGCGGAGUGCGGAGCGUGCGACGAUCCGCGGACGACCGGCUCGACGGGGCGACCCUGUCCUCGCUGCUCCUCGGUUCGUCGACGGCAAUCGGCCGCGAGCGGCGGACGUAUAGCACGCGACGUCGACCGAGGGCCGCGGCCCGACGGGGGAUAAGCGGGAAAAGACGAGAGAGCGGCCGCAAUCUCGGCGAGAUUUGGAGGCAGCCAGCGCGGGAUCAGGCACGGACAAUCGUACGGAGGAAGCGGAGGAACGAGAUUACAGGAGUAAGACGUAUGGAUUAGAGCGCGCCAAGCGAAAGGGGAUCGGCACGAAUUACCGCGGGACGUCUCGUGGCGCUCGAGUGCCGAGGGAGAGCACGGGAGGCGAGGGCAUCGCGCGUAUGAAUGGAACGAAGCGAAACGCCAGUGGGAGGAGAGCGCGCGCGAUAAGGAGGUUCGGGCGAGGGGAGGAGGGGGCAGCUUCCAUAAAAGUCAAUUGGUCUUAGCGGCAGCCAGGCGAUCUCGCUCGCGGCGGUGCCGCCAUACAUAGGAAACAAGCGAAAUACGUGCCGGGAAUUUACCCUCGUUGAAAUCCAGUGCCCGCGCCGAUAGCGCGCGAGAGGCGAGUGGCGAUCGCCGCUUCGCGGCCGCGGCUGUGAUCGAGGGCCCCCCGCCCCCCCGCCUCGGCUUCCGAUCCCGCGCCGGCCGAUCGGCCCGGGAAGCGCUAAAUCAGCGCCCAGAGGGGCACAACUCCCGACGACUUCGUUACGAGGAUCGCUCCUUUCCCCCUCGCGACCACAACGAAGCUCGGCCGGAACUGGCCGGAGGAUCGAUCCGCGGCGCGUGCGACUGGUCGCCUCGACGCGCUCGGAAUUCGCGGCGAGGAGCUCGGCCAUCGGACCGGCAAAUGGGCCCGCGCGCGGCGUUAUGCAAGAGGGGCGCCGCGGCCGCGGGCCACGAGAGCCCAUCCAGUUGCGGCUCUCGCGGGCGUCCCGCACGGACGAUUCGCCGAGCGUGGCAUCGUCGCGAACGGCGGGCUCCGGGGCGACGGGAUCGGGCGUCUGGCGCGCGCAUCGGACUCGAUUAGGCCGGGGGCGGCUGCGCGGCCAAUUAGCUGAUUGCCGAGAGGAGCUCCGAGGAGAUCCCCGAGCCGACGCCCGCGGGGACGCCCGGCGCGGACCGGCCGACGGACGCGGGCAUUGUUCUCGCUCGGCUUUAUGCGAAUGUAACUGGCGGCGUCGUCGACGAGCGCGCGCUCGCCGCUUUUACGAUUGCCGCGCGUCCGAGGCGACGAUAAGAGCGCUUGGGCACUGACCCCUCGUAAAACGGCUGUCUUUUCGCGGGGCUCCGCGCGGAAUCAGUCGAUAUUCCGCAAGCUCGGCGGCCGCGCUCCCCGUCGUCGCGAAACGGGGUUACGGCUAUUUCCGGGCUCCGAGGUGCGCCCCCGUCGAAACUCAAUUAGCCGUGCGUCCCGAAAAACGCGCUCGCGAGCUCUGCCGCCAGGCGAGCCGUUCGAUCGCCGUCGCCCUCGGCCGCGCGAGUCUGGAGAAUGACAGCGCGAGUGAGAGAGAAGGCUAUAACCGGCGCGGGCGCAGUAUUAAUAAACUGCGAGCGAGCUCUCGCUCUCGAGUUUCGCCCAUAUAAAUCAGAGGUUUUCCGCCGCCUCGCUCGGCAGCGACUAAUUGAUCGCGCGGCGAGCUAUUCGCGGACAGCCUUCUCCUCGAUUCUCGUCGAUUAUCGCCGGCUGAAUAAUUCAAGGCGCACUCGGCGCCCAUGUGCGGCCGGUCGCGCGCCCGAAAUUGCGUUAUUUACGCGCGGCGCAAGUUUUCCGCGGAGGAAUUCCCACGGCGCGGUCGCGCGCGCCCUCGUCGUCGCCGCCGUCGCCGUCGCCUCGCGGGACGCGAUCGAUCCGGCCGCGAUAUCGAGCGACGAUCGGGAUCGCCGCGGUCGAGCCGCGCCCCGGGAGGCCAAUUAACGGGCGACUCGGGCUCGAGCCGGUUGCCGAGGGGCAGCGAACCGCGAUCGGAAGCGGACGAGCAAAGCGAGGCAUAUCAACGAGGUAUUACGCGGCUGGGUGGGCGGCGUCAGGAGCGACACGAUCAGCCGACUCGGACGGCGCGAACGAUCGUCCUCCGCAGCCCCGAAGAUUGACGAGCGCUCGUAUAUAUACGCGCGAGCUUCCGAGUGCCAAUUAACGUGUCGUUGCUCGCCGCUUCGCGGUGCUCGCUGCCUCGGGCCAUUUGGCGCGUUCGAAAAUACCGCGCUCGCUUCCCGGCGCCGCCGAUUUCUCCGUGCGCAAAUCUCCCGGACCGACUGUUAACACGACGGGCGGCUGUGCGUCUCGCCUCUCCCUGCCCCCGCGCGCCCCGCGCACUCCGCCUGAAGAUUAGCGGGCUGCCGCGGCGCUGAUUAAUAUCCGGAUCCCCGCCUGCUCCAAGAGGAAGUUCGUCCGCUCUGCCGCGAAUAUUUACGACGGCGAGCUCUUUCUCCGGCAGAGAGGCAGAGUCGCAGAUGCGCGCGGGCUGCGAGUCGAUUAGCCGUGGCGGGGAGUUUUCGCGCAGCGAGUGCGACUGACGUGCCCCAGCGCGCGACGACCCAUUACGCCGGCAUCGGUGGAUUGCUGGCUCGCGCGCUUAUCGCCGGCUCGAACGCGGCUCCCGUGGACGGACGACCCGGGUGCCCUCGGGACGGCGGCCAAAGUUGCGGGUCCCGAGCGACCGCGCCGCAAGAGUCGGCGGACGAGUCCGCGGCGCGUUAAUCGAAAAAGACUCGGCCGGCAAAGUUUGCGAGCGCUCGGAGACGCCCGCCGGACGGGGGCGGCGAGGGGCGAUAGAUCGCGGGAAGCGCAAACGAAUGUUUAUAGCGAAAGUUGGAAGAAGCGCGGCAAGCCGAGGCGACAUUAGCGGGGAAAUAACGGGCGCGCGUACGCGCUCGUCCCGCGACGCGCGGGCCGUUACGUCGCGUUAUAUAGGUCGAUCAUUUCCGAUUAUCCCGACGGAGCUGGCUGGCGGGACGGCCGCGCGCUCGCCCGUCGGCCGCCAAGAAGCCGCGGCGGCGGGCGCUCCGCGGCCGCCCCGUCGCCCCG